UGAUUGCAAUUCAUUAAAAUUGACGGAGCGUAAAAAAGAUCUGUUGCCUCGAGUUGCGCGCUGGUGGGUGUAUUUACAAGAUUUUAAUUUUACUUUAGAUUAUCGAAAAGGGGCUUUAAUGCAACAUGCAGAUUUUCUGAGCCGUAAUCCUCCUCUUUCCACUGCCAAUGUGUCUCAUAUUCGGAAUCCAAGCAGCUGGGCGAAGAUCGCUCAAACCGCUGAUGUGGAGACACAAGAGUUAAUUUCUAGAUUAAGAGACGGGCAGCUUGACGAUACUAGGUAUGUGAUAAAAAAUGAUUUGUUGUACUACAAAUUUACACCAACUGGGGAAGACCCGCGACUCUUGUGUUACAUCCCUAAGGGUCACAGACUCAGUUUGUUGAGGGUGUUCCACGAUGAACAUGAUCAUAUUGGGACUGACAGAACAACUGACUUAAUAUUAAGACACUUUUGGUUUCCUAGUUUGCGACAGUUUGUAAAAAAGUACAUAAGUUAUUGUCUAGUAUGUUUAGCACAUAAAAAAGUUCCCAGGGCUCCGUCACAACCGAUUCAAUCCUGGACAAAGCCAGAUAUCCCUUUUUCUAUUAUACAUACCGAUGUCCUAGGGCCGCUCCAAGAGUCAAACGGUUUCAAAUACGUUUUGAUUAUAGUGGAUGCAUUUUCCAAGUAUUGUUUGCUCUACUCUCUGUACAGACAAAACACUGACGAGCUAAAACGAGUUUUUUCAAAUGCGGUGUCAUUAUUUGGUACGCCGUCUACAAUAGUAUGUGAUCGCGCUAGAAUGUUCGAAAGCGCUACAUUCCAAAAUUGGGUCAGUGAUUUGGGAUGCUCGAUACAUUUUAUCACGCCUGGUAUGCACCGUGAAAAUGGGCAAGCGGAGCGGUACUGCAGGACAGUUCUCAACAUGCUACGUGUUGAAGUAGGCAACAAAGGUUCCCAAUGGUCCGAUGUGCUGUGGAGGAUGCAGCUCACUUUGAAUAUCUCCAAGCAAAGUACCACGCAGACGUCACCACUACAGUUACUGGUCGGUAUUGACGCAGUUACUCCAGUCAUCAGAUCGUUAGUGCGAGAUGUGGCACUUACUAACUCUAAUCCCAAUCGGGAGGCUCUUUUAACUCUUCGCAGACAACGAGCUUCGGAACUCCUUGCAACCAAUCAACAGCGCCAGGAUGCCUACGUUAACGAGGGUCGACGGCAGCCACUCACUUUUGCUGUCGGAGACUUUGUGUUUGUGAGCAAGACGGCACAAAUCACCGGCAAACUGGACUCCGGCAUGCGCGGGCCUUACAAGGUUAUUCGCGCGUUACCGUGCCACCGUUACGAGUUAGAGCUACUAGCUGGUUCCUAUGGGAAAAAGACCCAAGCUGCAGCUGAAAAUAUGAUGUUGUGGCAAGGCGAGUGGACGCCGGAUGCGUGCUCAGUUUUUUUUGAGACUGAGACUGCAUUAGACAAUAAUGAGCAGGUUGCAAGGGAUGAAACAAAUGAAGAGAGAAAUGGCUCUGAUGCUAGUGGUGCAAGUAAUGCUGCGGUCGAGGACGCCGCACUGUCAGGAACGGCCGUCUUAUAAAACAAUCUCCACAGAGCAAGUCGGACCGAGUGAGGGGUAACAGAGAGGAGUGGAACUGGGAACACCGGAAAUGUGGCGAUUGGCGCGCGGACGUGACAGACGCGGGAGUUUUUUGUUAUUUAUGGUGGCGUUGUGUAAAAGAUUGUCUUCUGGUUGCGUAUAAUUUUCAUUGUGGUAUUUUAGUUAAUUAAAAAUUGUUUUGUAAGGAAUAAAACUUCCUAGGUUGAGUG